AUGGAUCCCUGCACACCAGCACUGACCACAGCAUGGGAGGAGGAAAGCAGAAAGGCCUUCACCUCACCAGCUGGAAGUCAAGCUCCCUCGGGGAACUAUUUCAACUACAUCCAGUCCGGCGUGUCCAUCCUGGCCCAGGGUGCUCCGUCCAACCUGCAGGGCGCUCCAUCCAACCCGCAGGGCGCUCCAUCCAACCCGCAGGACGCUCUGUCCAACCCCCAGGGCGCUCCGUCCAACCCGCAGAGUACUCCAACCAACCCGCAGAGCACUCCGUCCAACCCACAGGGUGCUCCGUCCAACCCGCAGGGCGCUGCGUCCAACCCGCAGGGCGCUGCGUCCAACCCGCAGGGCGCUGCGUCCAACCUGCAGAGUGCUCCGUCCAACCUGCAGGGCGCUGCGUCCAACCCGCAGAGCGCUCCGUCCAACCCGCAGGGUGCUCCGUCCAACCCGCAGGGCGCUGCGUCCAACCUGCAGAGUGCUCCGUCCAACCCGCAGUGUGCUCCGUCCAAUCCUCAGUGCACUCCGUCCAACCCGCAGGACGCUCCGUCCAACCCGCAGAGUGCUCCGUCCAACCCGCAGGGCGCUCCGUCCAACCCACAGGGUGCUCUGUCCAACCCGCAGAGUGCUCCGUCCAACCCGCAGGGUGCUCCGUCCAACCCGCAGGGCACUGCGUCCAACCCGCAGGACGCUCCGUCCAACCCGCAGGACGCUCCGUCCAACCCGCAGGACGCUCCGUCCAACCCGCAGGGCACUGCGUCCAACCCGCAGGGUGCUCCGUCCAACCCACAGGGUGCUUGGUCCAACCUGCGAGGUGCUCCAACCAACCCGCAGAGUGCUCUGUCUAACCCGCAGAGCGCUCCGUCCAACCCGCAGAGUGCUCCGUCCAACCCGCAGGGCGCUGCGUCCAACCCGCAGGGCGCUGCAUCCAACCCGCAGGGUGCUCCGUCCAACCCACAGGACGCUCCGUCCAACCCGCAGAGUGCUCCGUCCAACCCGCAGGGCGCUGCGUCCAACCUGCAGAGUGCUCCAUCCAACCCGCAGGGUGCUCCGUCCAACCUGCAGGAUGCUCUGUCCAAUCCUCAGUGCGCUCCAUCCAACCCGCAGGGUGCUCCGUCCAACCCGCAGGGCACUCCGUCCAACCCGCAGGGCGCUCCGUCCAACCCACAGGGUGCUCUGUCCAACCUGCGAAGUGCUCCGUCCAACCCGCAGGGCGCUGCGUCCAACCCGCAGGGUGCUCCAACCAACCCGCAGAGUGCUCUGUCUAACCCGCAGAGCGCUCCAUCCAACCCACAGGGUGCUCCGCCCAACCCGCAGAGUGCUCCGUCCAACCCGCAGAGUGCUCCGUCCAACCCGCAGGGUGCUCCAACCAAUCCGCAGAGUGCUCCGUCCAACCCGCAAGGCUCUGCGUCCAACCCGCAGAGUGCUGCGUCCAACCUGCAGGGCGCUCUGUCCAACCCGCAGAGCGUUCCGUCCAACCCGCAGGGCGCUCCAUCCCUUCCUGCUGUCCGCCCCUGGCAUCACGGGCAGUGCUCUCUGUAUGGAACUUCCCUGGGCUUGCUCCCUGGUUUGUCUACCUUCACCCCGGAGAGCAGCAGGGAAUCUGCAGGUGAUGAUGAUGAUGAUGAUGAUGAUGUGACAGCCUUCACCCAGGUGCAGGCUGAGGGCAAGGGCAGGCUGCCCCUGUGUUUCCACAUCCAGGAGUUGGGAGUUCGGAUCAGCCACAGUCCUCUGGCUGAAACCCCAGGGGUGGGGCUGCUGUGA